CGUCUCUAUGAAAAGCCGUUGCAUGAUGCCGCGCUGCUUGCCAUGAUCGAUGACCCGGCACAGCGCGUUGCUAUUGCGAUCGUUGCACCGAUCUGUCCAUUGAUCCCGGCCGUGAUCCUGCUGAUCGUUGCGGUGCUGCAGCCUUGGUGGGUGUCGUCACGAGAUAUCACGUACUACCCGACCAACACGAGCUCCUUCACUGUCACGCAGAGGUCGGAGAUCUCGCUUUGGGGCCACCAUGGCUGUCGACUGAAUGAGACCUGGUCGGACAUCUGCGGUUUGCCGGCUGCAGACUGCGUCCUUCCGCCAGCACCACCUCCGGGCUACAUCCCGCCAUGGACACCUCCCCCACUUGUGGAGGACGACGACUGGCGAAUGGAGGUGAACACUGGGCCACCGGGUGUUCGGAUAACGACCACCAGAGUGGAUCGCCCGUUCCGGUGCGUCACCGGGAACUGCCAAGUGCCUGUUAUAACGACCACGGUGGAUCCGGCCAGCAUCAACCAGGAUCCCACGGCAAUCAACCCGGAUUCCGUCAGGGUCGGGGAUGGCCAAGCACGCCUCGGCGAAGAG